AUGAACCAUCAAGUCCAGGGUCUUGUCCUUGUCAACAACGAGUGGGUUUCGAGACCAAUGGAUAUUUACCAGAUCAUGGCACGAGCCCAGCAAGAUGACACUGAAAUGCGGGAGCCUGAUUGCAAGCCGGCAAGCCGUGUUCCCGAGUUCGGGAUCCUCUCAAGAACACUGCUUGCGAGCCCUCUCUUCAAGUCCAUCCUACCCGCCAACAUUCGGCACAAAUACUCAAAUGACAUUGUCCUUGUGGGUGAGGACUCGGUGCAUCUCAAGGAGAUCCGUGACUAUGGUCAUCUCCGCCAUGUUGCCACCAAAUCAGACUUCAAGGGUCGCAUCCUGGCCGCGAGGGUAUUUGGUGACCCUCGCCAGGUUCGCAGUAACAAGAGCGUCGGCAGUCCAUUGCCCAAAAAGCAGAUUCCAUACAGAGCCAGAAGAUCUACAACCAGCGACGAAGAAUACGAGCUUCCUCCCGAGGUCAUUGUACUAACUCUGACAUCGAGGACACUGAUGUUUCUGUGGGCUCAGAGUAACCCAACAGGCACUGUUACCUUCAGUCGUAAAACUGUCAAGCUCCCCGCUGGAGCUACGCGCUUUGACCGCUUGGGUACUUUCCUCGCUGUAGAUCCCAAACGUCGAGCAAUAGCAGUGGCUGCCCAAGAAGGUCGUUUCAUGUUGUACAAGACAAAAUCUAUGGAGACAUGGCGGAAGGAGGUACGAGAAGGCUUUGAUACAAUACCCAUCGUGGACGAGCGCAUCAUAUCCAUCCAGGGACAUAUCAUGCACAUGGAAUUCUUGUCAUCUGGCAAUGGACAAGACGACUUCCAUGUAGUUCUUCUGUUCAUUGUUGUACAUCAAGGAAAGACAAAAAUCACCUGUUUUGACUGGGAUUGCAGAUACGAUCUGAGCAGAGCAGCCGCUCGGGCAGAACGAGUUUUGGUGGAUUUUGAGGACCAAAACCCUUCUUUACUCAUUCCACUCAGCCGUAGUCCCGACUUCUUACUCAUUUUUGAUACGCACAUUGCCGUCUACAAAGACGUGCUAUCUGGCGUCCCUCGGCGUACGGUAGCGCCUAUCCCAGCUCACAUACUCCCACCCAUCCGACCUGGGGAUAGCAAAUGUAGGCCACGAUGGGUACAGUGGGAUAGAGCACCUCGCAAUCCAGAGUUUCCAAAAGAAGUCUUCUACAUCGCACGGGAAGACGGACGUAUCAUGUAUGCGGAGCGAGGCCCAGCCGGAUCUGUGGACGUCAACGAUGCAGGCGAUUGGCCAUAUCGUAUUGAUAUUGCAUUUGCAUGUCUCAGCGUGGACAACUCUGAAUUCUCCCAAUCCUAUCCUGACGUUCUAAUCGCAGGAGGGGCUGGAAGUGAUGGACUUAUGUGCAAACUCGGAGCAUGGCCAACAGAAUACUCGUAUGGCUCCCAAUACCCAGGGACAAAUCAGUUCGACUAUAUUCAGUCGAUACCGAGUUGGGCACCAUUCACCGAUCUCUGCGUCACUAGACUCCCUGGUCUACGAGCUCCCGAUGAACGAGAACGUUCUGCUAUUUUCGUUACCCAUGGAAAUACUCCUCAUGGAGAACUCUCCGAGCUAAGGCAUGGUCUCCAAGCUCUUGUGGAUGAUUGCUUUGGUGGAAUGAAUGGCUGUACUGGCCUACGCAUAGUUGAUUAUGGCAGCCAAAAGGUCCAGGCAGAAGGCAGAGGUGUGAGACAGCACUACGUAUGCUUUGCCAUCACACUUCCACUGGAAACGCUGUUGAUCCGUCUCGUUCGCACUCAACCGGAGAGUCGUGGCGACUUCUCCGGAGCAUGGGAAGGCGGCAUCUGGGAUAAGUUUCAGAUACCUUCUGGCGAUGAACCAAUCGAAGACGGUUUUAUGCGAGACGAGGAGACCAUCUCUGCAUGUCCCUGGUCUGAUCAACACGCUAUUCAAAUCACGCGAAAGGAGAUCAGGACACUUCGGCGGCCACUUUUGCGCCAGACGGACUCGAUUUGUGUUGAAACCCCUCUACUCAUAGCCGCUUCUAAACCAGGGUUUCCUUUCGUCGCAAUCGCGUUCCGGGAAAGCAGUAAUACGUACCUGGAAAUCAUACAGAUCGCACAUGAUGGAACUUUUAACAGAGUGUCGCGGGGGGAGUUUCGUCACCGGCUGCCUUCCGAUCCUACAUGUAUAGAACUCCUUGAUGUAGAAGGCACUCCAUACGUGUUUGUCAGCACUUUCGAUUCAGGAAUCUAUUUAUUGCAGAUAGGGCAAUCAGGCACUACUUCUUUAGUACUGGAAGAAUCUUUGAAAGACGUCGCGAUCGAUGAGCCUCACAAGUUAUGUGAGAGUGCUGUGCUCCUGAGUUCGAGGCAACAGCAAGUUUUGGUUUGUGCUACACGCGAUGGUUGUCUUUUGAGUGCCGCUCUCACCAAAACGGACAACAACUUUUCACGUCUGUCUUGGAACCUCGUCAAGAUGGGCACCACGCCGGCUAGGACAAUGCCCAGUUACACUGACGCCUCUGCUGCCUUCGUAGCAUGUGGGGCGGACUUUUGCCGAGUGCGCUGCUCCCUGAGCGAUGUGUCCGUACUAGAUGUCGACUCCAUAUGGUUUUCUGGCCGCAUCAAUCAAGAAAAUUUGCAGUCUGCGGUUACGGCAAUGUGUCAACUUCCCUUCAUCAGAAACUUGGAUGCUCUGGGUAGGAAUCUGGGAGGAUUCCUUUUUGCAGUUGCCGGAGAUCAACUCCUCUUCUCCCAGCUUGAAUCCGAUGUCAGGUGGGGAACUGACGAUGUUCCAAUGCCGCCCCAGGCUGACUCCAAGGCUAUUCCAAGAAAGGUUCUCAUGAGAGCCAAGCCCACAAAUGUCAUACACAUGCAAAGCAAGCCCAGAAUGGUAAUCUCGACGAUGGAAGCGAAAGAGGAACGGGCUCCACCAGACGGCUACAGAGUACUCCAUUCAACUCUCAAGCUACUCCAGGUGUGUGAUGACAAGCCUCUCGAAGACCCUGAAAUCAAGCAAGAAGACACGGACGAACCUACGGACCGACUGGUUGUGGCUCAAUAUCGUCUGAAGCAUGCCGAGAGGGUGUACUCCAUUGUCGAGUGGCCGUUCAAGAACAACCAGGGUAAACCAUACACCUUCAUCAUCGUGGGCACCGGAAUCACUGUGGGUACAGGGAAAGAAACCGGUAGAAGAUUGAUCUUCAAUGUAGGCAGUCGCGGGUCUAAGCUGCAGCUCAAAAAAGAAUCGACCUAUGAGCAUCCAGUGUACUGUGUCACCAUGUUCGAUAACAGAGCUACCGUUAGUGUCAUCGGCAAGACAUUGUCGUUCGACGAGUUCGACGCCGAAACUGGGAGAUGGCUCAAACGUGGAACGAAAGAACUUCCGUCACCUGGGAUACACAUCACUAUAUCUCCUUCCUUUGUCUAUGUCUCCACGCUCCAGCACUCACACUUGUGCUAUUCGGUCACGAACAGGGACAGUGAAGGCAACGUCGUCUUCGAGCAAGUCUUCACUGACAGUCGUGAACGCUGGUGUGCGCAUCAUCUCGUAAUUAAUGUGGAUAAUCAAGAGGAUGAGAGUGGACGGGAUACGGUUGUAUUGCUUACCGACAGAAAAAGCGCCUCAAUUUCUGGUCUCCAUCAUCCUCCCGACCGAACAUACAAAAACGCCGCAGAUACCGUCUUUGAAGCUUGCCUCCCACGGACAGUAGUUCGACUACAACGCGGCAACGUUCGCCCACCAUGGCGUCGGCCUUGCAAUCUCGGCACGUCUACCCACAUCAGCGGUAUCCUCGCGGACGACAUCAUUGGUGCCUGCUCCGACGGGACAAUCUACACUUUCUCUAUACUCUCCAAGUCCGCUUGUCAUAUCCUUCGGUUUGUGCAAAACCUUAUAGAAACGAAACAAACCCGCGAUCCCGCCAGUCAAUUCACUGUCGUCAAACCUCGCAGUGGCGAUAUUUUCGACGUCCUUAUGAAUGGUGCUGAUGGGCCACAAGACGGGAAGAUCAGGGCAAGGGAUGUCGAUCCACAGUAUCAGGAAAGAGGGCUUGCUGCACCGAGAAGCAGGCACAUUGAUGGGGAUCUCCUAGUCAGGUUUAUGGCUGAAGGGGGCGACCUGCAAACCUUGCUGUAUCAUGAUACAGAGAAGGAUAUUGAGAGUUUGUUUGGAGAUCUCGCAGGAGCGGUGAAGAAGGAGUGGCGGUUUGAGGAGAGGGAGCAGGUAGUGGAGGGUGUGAGACGGUGGUUGGGGGAGGUACUGAUGCCUGUUCUUUGA